UUCAUAUACACGUGUUGAUAUUUGGUUGUCUCAACGGUCGGCGAUGAAUGCAGCGCUGCCAAGAGCGAUAAUUUCGCUCUUUUUGGUGUAUUUGCCCGUCAUUUUCGGCCAAAUAUGCCAACGACUAAAUCCGAAUUUAUUUCAAAGAUGUAUUCAAGUAGCGGGGUUUAAUUUCACGGCCAAUUUUCCCGGUAAUUCUACGCUACACGAAAGCAUCAUCGCGCAUAAUCUGGAACGGGAAGUACAUCAGUUUGGACAUUGCUCGCAAUAUUUGGAUACCAUUAUGUGCGCUAUUUAUGUCCCUAAAUGCGAGGAAGAAAACUAUAGCCCUGUUUUGCCAUGUAGAAGAGUCUGCGAAGAUUUUGCCAGAGAAUGUGAGACAAAAGUGGAAUACGAAAAACUAGAAUGGAUUAAAGGACUUUGCCGUCUGCUGCCGUCAUCGGAGAACAACAACAACGAAAAAAAAUGCUAUCUGCCGGGAAAUUACAAGCCGCGACUCAACGUGAACGCCACAAAGCCUCUCACACAGAGCUGCUCCAGCUUGACGAUGUCUUCCUGUUCCCAUCUUGGUUAUAAUCAUACAACCCAAUCUCUGGCAUCACAGCGGAUUCUCGACAUCGUACUCAAGAGAAGGCUGGGUAACUUUGGAAAUCAUUCUUUGUGUUCGUCACUACUUCAAAAGAUUUUCUGUGCAGAGUUUGCUCCGCCAUGUUUUCCGGAGGAUGAGACCGAAAUUGUUCUUCGAACAGUUUGCAAGUCCGAUUGUGAAAGCAUGCAAAAGGAAUGUCCAGAAUUGUACAGAGAACACUUUGGGGUAAACAGUUACUGUGAGCAAAUGGCGACUGAAAAGAGUGAUUUAGAUGGAUUUUGUAAGCUGACAAAAUGGCCGACGGCGGGGCGGUGGCCAUCGGAACCAAAUACUACAGUGUUGCCGCGUAGUCACAGUUUAACGAUAGCCAGGCCCUCACGUACCCCACUUACCCUUGGUUCACCAGUUGAAAGGUCUGUUCCUUUGCGCGAGCGCACCGGGAACUCCUUACCAGUUGUCGCCAUCAUAGUUUCAACUGUCGUAGUGGUGCUUUCAAUCAUCGCAAUUGCUGCUGUCCUCUUGCUACUUAAACGACGUCGAUAUACUCAGGUUUGCUGGGUACUGGGGUACAAACGUCAUCCCUCAAAUGAAUGGGAAACUACUGUGGCACUGAAAACAUGAGCAUGCGCAAAUGUUUCGUGUUGCACGGCGUAAAGUUUGGAUGGCCUUCAGUUCACCUUCAGGCCAGGAGCUGCACAUGCUCAGUUGAACCGCUAGAAUCAGUGACGCAACGACAAGGGAAGCACUGAUCAAAAGCGUCAUUUUUAGCUCAUGAUUGUCCUUUUGGGAAGAUUAGAAAAAAUAAAAGAUCAAAAAAAGAUGACCCAUGCGAGAGGAGAACUGAGCCAGCAAGUGAUAAGAAUGGACAAAUAAGACUUUAAUUUUCUUGAACUAGAUAUUAUGAUGACAAAGAUUAAAUCAAACAGAAGGUUCGUGAUUGAAAAAAAAAGGGUAAAAAGAUUUCUACUCAGAGAAAAAAAUAAUUGAAAUUUUCGAUGCACUAUAAAAUGAGCUGGCCUCGCAAAUAUUCUUAUGAGUUUUUUUAAAUUCUAUUUUUUGUGGUGUAUUGACAUUUUUUUUCAGUACUGAGG